UUUUUCUCUCUCUUUCAACGAAACUAACUAAAUCGAUCUACAAAAUAUUGCGUGUUACAAAUGAUCAUGCACCCCAAAUGGUGUAGUGUCACGUAUAUCUUUACUAUAAUGAUAUCAUUUUUCUUUGUAUUCGGGGAAAAGAACAUUUUAAUACGUGUUAUUAUGAUGAUAGUCAGGUCAGUCAAUUUUAUAAACCUAUGUCAUUUUUUACUUGGUUUCAUUUUAGUUAACCAUAUUAAGUAAAUUCAUUCCUUUUAUUGCAAAUCAUCAUUUGACAAUCAAAUCCGAAGGAUUUCAAAAAAACGCCCUUCUUACAUAUUUAAGGUUAAUAUGUUGCCCGAACUUGCGGGCGUUUGGGAUUUUAUGGAUUUUACGGACAUUAUCUUUUUUUAGAAAAGUUUAUCCUCUUUUUUUUAUAUGUACUGUAAAAAGAUCAUAAUCAGGAGAAUAAUAUUUUUAUUUAAUUUCUCUUAAUAUUUCCUAUACUAACACUAUAUUAAAAUCUUUCAAUUUAAAUGAUCUAAUUGAUGUUUGAUUAAUUCUCCCGAUCUUUUAAAUUUCUUAUUACAUCCAAAAACAUUACACAU